AUGUCUGUGACUGGUGUCUGCCCCGAUACAAUUCGUGUCGUUAAUGGAGGCUCUUCUUACGAGGGUCGAGUUGAGGUUCUCUACCAAGGCGAGUGGGGGACAGUCUGCGAUGAUGGAUGGGGCCUUAAUGAUGCUAAUGUGGUCUGUCGCAUGCUUGGUUACCCUUCUGCAUCCAAUGCUUGGGGCAGCGCCCACUUCGGUGAAGGAUCAGGUCCGAUCAUGCUGGACGAUGUGAACUGCCAAGGGAAUGAAUCAAGCCUAGCUGAAUGCCAACAUCGUGGCUGGUUUAGUCAUGACUGUUGGCAUGGGGAGGACGCUGGAGUUACUUGUGAGAGAGGGAUACGAUUAGUGAAUGGCGACACCAUCUAUGAAGGCAUAGUGGAGGUGAUUGUUGACGGUGUCUGGGGAACAGUGUGCAACCAGGGCUGGGGUUAUGAUGACGCCGAUGUGGCCUGCAGACAGCUCGGCUAUGGACCGGUCCGGAGUAUCCCGACUGACCGUAGAUAUGGUCUAGGUGUUGGUCCUAUCCACUUUAAAAAUGUCUACUGCAAUGGUUGGGAAAGCUCGUUUUUCGACUGUCCAACCUCUGAUCCUGAAGGUUGCUACCACCUCAACGAUGCCUGUUUGAUAUGCCAAGCUCCUUACCCUAAUACUGACAGUCCUGUCGACAACACCACUGAACCAUCCUACGGCUGCAGUUCAUAUGAGUGGAGAUGCUACAACAACGGUCAAUGUAUUCACUACACGACUGAACCAUCCUACACCGGCUGUAGAGCAUAUGAGUGGAGAUGCUACAACAACGGUCACUGUAUUCAAGACUAUCAACGAUGCAACGGAUACUCUGACUGCUACUAUGGCGAGGAUGAAUACAACUGUUACGGAAACACCGUUGCUCCCACUAUAGACGUUAAUCCGCCCUCAAACAUGGUACGACUAGUGAAUGGCAGCACCAUCUAUGAAGGCAGAGUAGAGAUGUUCGUCGAUGGUUCCUGGGCAACGUUUUGCGGAUACUCUUGGUACAGGGAUGAGGCUCAAGUUAUCUGCAGACAGCUUGGCUAUGAAAAUGUCAUUCGUGCCACUAAUUACGCUGCAUAUGGUCAGGGUGUUGGUAAUAUUGUAAAUGUGUACUGCUAUGGCAGGGAGAGCUCGAUUCUCGACUGCACGUUUUCUCCCGUAUCCUCCUGCCCCCAUUAUAAAGAUGCUGGUGUUAAAUGUUCAGGUAAGGCAAACUUGUUCGUCCAAGUUUUUAUUUUAUUGUUUUUAUACCUAGGCCCCGAUACAAUUCGUGUCGUUAAUGGAGGCUCUUCUUACGAGGGUCGAGUUGAGGUUCUCUACCAAGGCGAGUGGGGUACAGUCUGCGAUGAUGGAUGGGGCCUUAAUGAUGCUAAUGUGGUCUGUCGCAUGCUUGGUUACCCUUCUGCAUCCAAUGCUUGGGGCAGCGCCCACUUCGGCCAAGGAUCAGGUCCGAUCAUGCUGGACGAUGUGAACUGCCAAGGGAAUGAAUCAAGCCUAGCUGAAUGCCAACAUCGUGGCUGGUUUAGUCAUGACUGUUGGCAUGGGGAGGACGCUGGAGUUACUUGUGAGAGAGGGAUACGAUUAGUGAAUGGCGACACCAUCUAUGAAGGCAUAGUGGAGGUGAUUGUUGACGGUGUCUGGGGAACAGUGUGCAACCAGGGCUGGGGUUAUGAUGACGCCGAUGUGGCCUGCAGACAGCUCGGCUAUGGACCGGUCCAGAGUAUCCCGACUGACCGUAGAUAUGGUCUAGGUGUUGGUCCUAUCCACUUUAAAAAUGUCUACUGCAAUGGUUGGGAAAGCUCAUUUUUUGACUGUCCAACCUCUGAUCCUGAAGGUUGUUACCACCUCAACGAUGCCUGUUUGAUAUGCCAAGCUCCUUACCCUAAUACUGACAGUCCUGUCGACAACACCACUGAACCAUCCUACGGCUGCAGUUCAUAUGAGUGGAGAUGCUACAACAACGGUCAAUGUAUUCGAAAAACCGUUGCUCCCACUGUAGACGUUAAUCCGCCCUCAAACAUGGUACGAUUAGUGAAUGGCAGCACCAUCUAUGAAGGCAGAGUAGAGAUGUUCGUCGAUGGUUCCUGGGCAACGUUUUGCGGAUACUCUUGGUACAGGGAUGAGGCUCAAGUUAUCUGCAGACAGCUUGGCUAUGAAAAUGUCAUUAGUGCCACUAAUUACGCUGCAUAUGGUCAGGGUGUUGGCCCCGAUACACUUCGUGUCGUUAAUGGAGGCUCUUCUUACGAGGGUCGAGUUGAGGUUCUCUACCAAGGCGAGUGGGGUACAGUCUGCGAUGAUGGAUGGGGCCUUAAUGAUGCUAAUGUGGUCUGUCGCAUGCUUGGUUACCCUUCUGCAUCCAAUGCUUGGGGCAGCGCCCACUUCGGUGAAGGAUCAGGUCCGAUCAUGCUGGACGAUGUGAACUGCCAAGGGAAUGAAUCAAGCCUAGCUGAAUGCCAACAUCGUGGCUGGUUUAGUCAUGACUGUUGGCAUGGGGAGGACGCUGGAGUUACUUGUGAGAGAGGGAUACGAUUAGUGAAUGGCGACACCAUCUAUGAAGGCAUAGUGGAGGUGAUUGUUGACGGUGUCUGGGGAACAGUGUGCAACCAGGGCUGGGGUUAUGAUGACGCCGAUGUGGCCUGCAGACAGCUCGGCUAUGGACCGGUCCGGAGUAUCCCGACUGACCGUAGAUAUGGUCUAGGUGUUGGUCCUAUCCACUUUAAAAAUGUCUACUGCAAUGGUUGGGAAAGCUCGUUUUUUGACUGUCCAACCUCUGAUCCUGAAGGUUGCUACCACCUCAACGAUGCCUGUUUGAUAUGCCAAGGAAACACUGUUGCGCCCACUGUAGACGUCAAUCUACCCUCCUCCGUGAUAAGAUUAGUGAAUGGCAGCACCAUCUAUGAAGGCAGAGUAGAGGUGUUUGUCAACGGUUCCUGGGGAACGGCUUGCAGCCAUUCGUGGGACAUGAACGAGGCCCAAGUCAUCUGCAGACAGCUUGGCUAUGGACCAGCCAUUAGUGCCCCGCGUGACGCUACCUAUGGCCCGGGUGUUGGUCCUAUUCACCUUGUACACGUCUACUGCAACGGUUCGGAAAGUUCGAUUCUCGACUGCACAUCCUAUUACUCUGAACACUGCUACCACAGUGAAGAUGCCGGUGUUGAAUGUACAGCUCCAUUAACAGUUCGUCUCGUUAAUGGAGGCUCUUCGAACGAGGGUCGAGUUGAAGUUUUCUACCAAGGCCAGUGGGGUACAGUCUGUGAUGAUAAUUGGGGCAUUAAUGACGCUCAUGUCGUCUGUCGCAUGCUUGGUUAUCCUUCUGCAUACCAGGCGUGGAGCAACGCUCACUUCGGUCAAGGAUCAGGUCCGAUCAUGCUUGACAAUGUUAACUGCCAAGGAAAUGAACCUGACAUAGCUGAUUGCUAUCAUGCUGGCUGGUUUAGUCAUAACUGUGGACAUUAUGAGGACGCAGGAGUUACUUGUAACAGUGGCUACACCACUGAACCAUCCUACGGCUGCAGUUCAUAUGAGUGGCAGUGCUACUACAACGGCCAGUGUAUUCAAUACUACCAAAGAUGCAACGGAUACUCAGACUGCAACUUUGGCGAAGAUGAAUACGACUGUUAUGGCUACACCACUGAACCAUCCUACGGCUGCAGUUCAUAUGAGUGGCAAUGCUACAACGGCCAAUGUAUUCAAGACUACCAACGAUGCAACGGCUACUCAGACUGCUACUAUGGCGAAGAUGAAUACAACUGUCAAGGCUACACCACUGAACCAUCCUACGGCUGCAGUUCAUAUGAGUGGCAAUGCUACAACGGCCAAUGUAUUCAAGACUACCAACGAUGCAACGGCUACUCAGACUGCUACUAUGGCGAAGAUGAAUACAACUGUCAAGGGUACACCACUGAACCAUCGUACGGCUGCAGUUCAUAUGAGUGGCAAUGCUACAACGGCCAAUGUAUUCAAGACUACCAACAAUGCAACGGCUACUCAGACUGCUACUAUGGCGAAGAUGAAUACGACUGUUAUGGCUACACCACUGAACCAUCCUACGGCUGCAGUUCAUAUGAGUGGCAAUGCUACAACGGCCAAUGUAUUCAAGACUACCAACGAUGCAACGGCUACUCAGACUGCUACUAUGGCGAAGAUGAAUACAACUGUCAAGGCUACACCACUGAACCAUCGUACGGCUGCAGUUCAUAUGAGUGGCAAUGCUACAACGGCCAAUGUAUUCAAGACUACCAACGAUGCAACGGCUACUCAGACUGCUACUAUGGCGAAGAUGAAUACGACUGUCAAGCUCCAUUAACAGUUCGUCUCGUUAAUGGAGGCUAUUCGAACGAGGGUCGAGUUGAAGUUUUCUAUCAAGGCCAUUGGGGUACAGUCUGUGAUGAUAAUUGGGGCAUUAAUGACCAUGUCGUCUGUCGCAUGCUUGGUUACCCUUCUGCAUACCAGGCGUGGGGCAACGCUUACUUCGGUCAAGGAUCAGGUCCGAUCAUGCUUGACAACGUAUACUUCCAGGGAUAUGAAUCUAGCAUAGAUGAAUGCAAUCAUGCUGGCUAG